UGAGCGGCGGCGGGCGGUAGCCACUUUCGAAUUUGACCAAGACGUUAGGAGAUAGUACCCAGGAUGACGGAGCUGCAAACGUGUCGGUACAGCCAUGGCAAGUGCAAGCAGCCCCGCGCCACCAAGAAGAAUGGCACCAUGCACACGCUAUGCGAGUUCCACCGCACCAAGGCCUGCGCCCACCAAAAGAAGCUCGACGCCAAGCGCCGCGAUGAGAAGCUCCGCCUUCUCGAGAACAAAAAGUCCAUGAAACAACAUCGUCACCCAGACAUCCAUCUUUGGAAAGAAGAUGAGAACCGCAUACCCAUGAUGGGCGCCGCCGACAAGUUCAAACCAGUGUGGGAAACGUCCGACAAUGCGGCCGGUCUGUACUCAACGUACAUUGGCAGCGUCAGCCACCACCAAAACCUCCAUCAACACCAUCCUCCUCCCCAAACUCACAUUUCGCAACAUACUCCCCGAAGUGACCUCUACGAUAGCGGUGGCGGUGGCGGCGCUUACGACGACCACCAACAACGAUACAAGUAUUCCGCCACCCAAGGAGGCAACACCAGUAGUAGUACCUUACUAUCCCGUACUAGUACCGAAUCGCCGCUCGGACGAAGGGACGAUUCGUCCCGCCCGCCGCCGUUUCCAUCCCGCGCCGACGCAACGGCCGGUGGGUUCCCUUCAUAUGCGUCGCCCACGACGUACUCGACGUACACCGAGUCGGCGGUGUACGAUCGCGACAACCACCAUCUCCCGCCGCGCAUGGUCCAUCAUGGUCCGCACAUGACGACUUUCGACACUCGGUACGAUUACUACGAAGACGCGCCGUCCCCUGCGGCGGGAUAUCCUAGCCGGCCGACGUCGGCGCUCACAUUUGGACAGUAUCCGCCGCAGCCAGUGUACCAUCAAUAAGGCGAGGUGGUGGAGGUUGGUUGAUGUUAGUCGAUGUGAGGUACUAGUAGGUAGGUAGGUCGUAGUUAGUCGUGGUAUCAAAUCGUACAGUGGUUCUUGUUUACUCA